CCUCAACCUUAAAAGAAUGGUUGUAAUAUCCGGUUUACUCUUAACUUCUAAAGAGAACUGUGGGUUUCUCUAGGAGCAGACGCAGAGCAGCGCGCAAGAGGUGAUCGAGGGCAGCUAAAAACUCGGCCCCUGGCCGCAGCGUCAGCAUCAGGUCACUAUGGCAUCUGGACCCACCAAGACAGCACCCAUUUGUCUAGUGGAAAACCAGGAAGAGCAGCUGAUGGUAAAUCCAGAAGCAUUACAGAUUCUCUAUGAGGUAUCUCAACCUGUGGUGGUGGUGGCCAUUGCAGGGCUGUAUCGGACAGGAAAGUCCUACUUGAUGAACCUCCUGGCAGGGCAGAACCAUGGCUUUAGUCUGGGCUCCACAGUCAGAUCUGAAACUAAGGGCAUCUGGAUGUGGUGUAUACCCCACCCCACCAAGCUGAACCACACCUUGGUCCUUCUGGACACUGAGGGCCUGGGUGAUGUGAAAAAGGGUGACCCUAAAAAUGACUCAUGGAUCUUUGCCCUGACGGUGCUUCUGAGCAGCACCCUGAUCUACAACAGCAUGAACACCAUCAACCACCAGGCCCUGGAGCAGCUGCACUAUGUGACUGAACUCACAGAGCUAAUCAAAGCAAAGUCCUCCUCAGCACCUGAUAAGGUAAAGGACUCCAUCGAGUUUGUGAGUUUCUUUCCAGACUUUGUUUGGACUGUUCGUGAUUUCACCCUGGAGAUGAAGAUAGAUGACUUGCCCAUCACUGAAGAUGAGUACCUGGAGGAUGCCUUGAAGCUAAUUCCAGGCAAAAAUCCCAGAGUCCAAAAUUCCAACAUGCCCAGAGAAUGUAUUAGGGAGUUCUUUCCGAACCGAAAGUGCUUCAUCUUUGACCGGCCUACAAGUGACAAAAAUCUCUUAUUCCAUAUUGAGAAUGUGCAAGAAGACCAUCUGGAUAGUAGUUUCCAGGUGCAAUCAAAAAAAUUUCGUUCCUAUAUCUUAGACAAUUCAAGGACCAAGACCCUGAGAGAGGGAAUCAUUGUCACUGGAAAUCGGCUGGGGGCUCUGGUGGAAGCCUAUGUGAAUGCCAUCAAGAGUGGUGUAGUUCCUUGUUUGGAGAAUGCUGUGACAACUCUGGCUGAGCAUGAGAACUCAGUGGCUGUGCAGAAGGCAGUCAACCACUACAGCAAGGAGAUGACCCAAGUAGUAAGCCUUCCCACAGAUUCGCUCCAGGAGUUGCUAAAGAAGCAUGGAGACUGUGAGAAGGAAGCCAUUGCAGUCUUCAUAGAGAACUCCUUCAGGGAUGAUGAACGGAAAUUCCAAAAAAAGCUUGUGGAAGCCAUAGAGGAAAAGAAGGAAUAUUUCUUGCAGCAGAAUGAAGAGGCAUCUGUCAAAUACUGUCAGGCUAUGCUGAAGCAGCUUUCAAAGCCCCUGAUGGAAAACAUUAAAGAGAAAACUUUCUUUGUUUCUGGAGGACACAAGCUCUACUUAGAAGCAAAGAAGAAGGUUGAGCAUGGCUACAAGCUAGUGCCCAGAAAAGGAGUUAAGGCAAGUGAGGUCCUCCAGGGCUUUCUACAGUCACAGGCAACAGUAGAGGAAUGCAUCCUGCAUUCAGACAAUGCCCUCACUGCUCAGGAGAAGGCCGUUGCAGUGGAACGGACCAAAAAGGAAGCAGCUGAGAAAGAACAGGAGCGGCUAAAGCAGAAAGAGAAUGAGCAACAGCAAAAAUUGGAGGCUCAAGAAAGAAGCUUCAACGAAAACCUAGCCCAGCUGGAAGAAAAGAUAAAGAAGGAACAAGAAAGACUUCAGGAGAUGCUGGAAAAGAUAUUGGAUCAUUAUCUAAGGAUCCAAGAAGAAUUGCUUAAUGAAAAAUUUAAGAAGAAAUCCCAUGAGUUGGCUAUGGAGAUAAAUCGAUUAAGAAAAGAGAUUGAAGAAACUAAAAACAAUGACUCAUGUAUGUUGAAGGCUAUUGAAAUGGCUGGGAAUGUGCUAAUUAUUGCACUACCUGAAAUUUUUAAACUAUGGUAUGGAGAGCAGAAAAUUCUUGACUAAAGAAAUUAAAUAGGCUUAGGUUUCUUAAGGAUAUUUUAAAACGAGGCUUCUUUUAAUAGUGUAAUACUGUUUUCAUUUUUGAAAUACAUGUCAUGCUACUUUCAUACAACAGAAGUUAAAAAAUAAAAAGUGAUUCAAAAUAUGUCAGUGUUUGGUAUACAAAAAAACAAACUUAAUUUUGAUUGAAUAAAUUAAUUUAGAGAAAUGGGAAACAAAUUGAAUGGAAAUACAGUGGAAGAUAAAACUAAGUUUGGUAUACUGUCACAACAAAUAAAAUACUUCUGAAUAAAAUGAUAAAUAAAUUUGUAAAAUUCACAUAAAGAUAUGUUUUAAAUAUUACUGAAAAACUCGGAAAUAUAUAACAAUGGACAUAAGAAAAUAUAUCAAUCCCUGUAAGUCAUAUAUGGUAUGUGUAUAUGUGCAUAUAUAUAUAUAUGUGUGUGUGUGUGUGUGUAUAUAUAUGUAUACACAUUUAAUGUGAUUUCAGUAAAUAUGUCAAACAUUUUUUUGGAAGUAAAUAAAUUUAUUUUAUUUUCGAUAUAUCCUUAUAUUGAAAAACUACAUGCAAAAAUAUCCAAUACAAUUCUUUAAAGGGAAGAAUAAUGAUGGGCAGCUAUCUCUAACUGUACAUUAAAACAUGCCAAUAAUUAGUGGUACUGACAUUUGAAUAUUCAAAAAUCAGUAAAAGUGAAUUCAAAGUUUGGACAUUAAAAAAAGUUCCUACAGACAUUUAGUAUAUGAUAAAUUUGACACUUCCCAUUAGUGAAGGGAUAGGGAAUAUUCAUUCAGUAAAUAGAAUUUGCACUACAUGUAGGCAUCCAGAAAAAAUAAAAUUGGAGUCUUCCUUAUACUUCAUACCAAAACAAACUUCAAAUGUAUCAAAGGUUUAAAAAUGAAAAUGAAAUUGUAAAAUUAGGUAAUAUGUUGAAAAUUUUUAGAACAGUUUUGAAAUAGAGGUGUACUCUUCCAGUAUGAAUAAGAGGAUGAUAUAAAAGAGAAGAUUAAUACAUUCAAACUACAUAAAAAUAAUGAAAUUAUUCAUAGAAAAGAUACAAGAAAAGCAAAAAGACAAAUGGCAAUAUGAAGAAAACAUUUACAAUUUAUAUCACAAUGAAAAUAUUGUAUUUAGCUAUAAGAGCACUUACAAAUCAAUGAGAAAAGAAAACAUCCCCAUUAAAAAUGCACAAUACUCUAAGUAGAAAACACAGUUGAUUUUGCUGAUAAUAAGAGCUGUGUAAAGUAAAACUGAGAUACCAGUUUCACCAUUAUGAUUUGCAAAGAGAAAAAUAUUUGACAGAAGACUAGGUUAGUAAGAAUAUGGGGAAACAGAAAGAGUCUGCUCAGUAGAAUGGGAAACUAGAAAUAUACAAGGCAUGCACCCAAAUCCUUUUUCAUCAUGACUUUUCAAUAAAGCCUGAAAAUUCUAGUCCCUAAUUUCUUUACAGAUAUAAAGUCAUUUGGGAAGUCUUCUGGAAUAACCUCUGAAUUCCAUUCAAAUUGAUAACAUGGAUAAAAGAGAAAAAAAUUUUUCCUUUUAAUUUAACUCAACUUCUGUGGAAUUCCUUUCCAGCUGUACAGUGCUUUAGAGUCUGCUUUAACUAGAAUGAGUUCCUUGUUCUGGAAACUUCACAUUUUAUCUUGACUGUGGGCCUUUGCACACAAUAUAGAGACUUGUUAAAACAGACCUGCUUCCUCACUUGAUACUGUUUAUAUGCUAGUCUGUUCUUCCUUUAGGUCUCCUAUCUCCUGACUUCCUGGGACUGGAUAAGGUGACCCUUCUUUGUACUGCCAUUGCAACUUGUCAUUCCUCCCAUAGCAAUUUUUAUGUGAAAUUAAAAUGACCUAUUUCCAGCUGUC